AUGGCCAGCACUGAGGAUGCGAAGACGAAGUUUUACAAAGACGUGCACGCCCUCCUGGCGACUGUUCCGUACUCGAACAAACUGACUGUUCGUGAUGACUUCAGUGUCCGCGUCAGGACAGACUGCGCUGUCCGGAGGGAAGUGGUGAACCUCCACGGAAUCGGCGGCUGCAAAGACGACAGCCUCCUUCUCCUGCAAACCUGCACGGAACACCGCCUCCUCCUGACCAAGACCUUCUGCAUUCCGAUGCACAAGAAAUCGACCUGGAUAGACCUACGAUAG